AUGGACAACCUUGGACCGCUACGACACUUGAUUCAGUCUCACCCACUGAUCGACCACCAUGCCCACAACCUACUGACCCGCGAGUCAGCCACCGACUACGAAAAUUACCCAUUAGAGGCCAUCACCUCCUCGGCAGACGGUCGGGCCCUAGAAAAUGCCCGCACCUCCCUCCCCUCACUGCGGGCCAUAACCCAGCUCUCUGAGCUAUACGGUCGCCACUGUGCAGACUGGACCGACAUCAAGACUGCCCGCGAUCAAAGCGUGCGUGAAGACUACGACGACUUGAUCCGAAAGUCUCUAUCAGGCACGCACGCACUGCUACUCGAUGAUUCUCUCAGCGACGACGAAGACAUUGAACCAGCCAGCUGGCACAAUAGUUUCACCGUCUCUCCGACAAAGCGCAUCGUGCAGAUCGAAGCCCUGGCAGAGUUCACAGUCCUGCAGGUCUCCAACGCACGCAAGAACGGCGAAUCAGUUUGGAACAAUUUCAGACAGCGAUUCCAGGACGCUCUCGCCGAGGCUUUGGACGAUCCCAAUGUCGUUGGUUUUAAAUCGGAAAUUUGCUGUCGGACCGGAUUGGACAUUGAUCCGUAUUCCUCCGACGAUACCACCCUGGGUGGCUCAUUGAUUCGCAUCCUCGAUUCUGGCACAACCAGGUCUGGGUUCGAGGUUGAUGAUAAACAGAUCUGUGAUUGGAUAGUCCAGCAGACGCUGAAAGCAAUCUCGUUUAAGAAGAAAGCCGGUGUUGCGAAACCUUUGCUGUUUCACACCGGCUUGGGAGAUAAUCGGAUUAAUCUUCUGCGGGCUAACCCUGCGUGUCUGCAGCCUUUGAUCGCACAGUAUACUAGUGCUGAUAUCGUGCUUUUGCAUGCUGGGUACCCUUACACGCGCGAAGUGGGGUAUCUGGCUUCCGCUUAUCCCAAUGUCUAUCUUGAUCUUGGGAAGGUCUUUCCCAUGGUUAGCCGAGAGGCGCAGACGAAGGUCCUUAGAGAAAGUCUGGAGAUCGCACCUACCAACCGUCUGCUCUGGAGUACUGGUGGCCAGUUUCACCCGGAGACCUUCUGGUUGGCUAAUCGACAGUUCCGUCAGGCUCUUGAGACGGUACUCGUGGAUUAUGUUCAACAGGGCGACUUCACUACGGCCCAGGCUACGAAGAUAGCCGCCGAUGUUCUGUUCAAUAACUCCAAUCGUCUUUACAGCCUUGACUUGACUCCGUCAUACACACCUGGAGAGUAA